AUGUCCAUCAAGGAUGAGCAAACGUGGAUGUUCAUUGGCGUGUUCCACGGUGUAUGGGUCAAAACAUCUGGUCAACCAUUGAAUCAUCGUAUAGGAAUUGAUUUAUCCACUAUCUGUUACCACAGCUUGCUGAAUUGGAGUAUCCUGUCGUACUUUAAACCAAUCAGACAUGAGAUUUUUGCCAGGAUAGAUGAGGAAGGGUGGUACUGGGGCAUCGGAAGUCGAGAUGGUUGCGAUGACACUGAUGAGCAUCUCGAGGUGCAACUCUUCGUGUCCUUCGUCCACCAGCAAGGUCAAAUCGAACUUUGUCCACGUUAUACACAUUCUCAGGAUGAUAUUGACCAGCAUCAAAUGUUUCUUUUGCCUUUUUGUAACGGUACUGGAAACACAAUGACUAGGUCGCAGGUUGGGUCGAACUCGAUGGAACUCUCGUAG